UUCAAUUUACAUAGUCUAGAAAGCACAAUUUAAUAGUCUCUUAAAUCUUACCCUUCAAUACAUUAGACAUUUAUGCACAAUUUCUAUAGUCUAGAAACAUCAGUACAUGAGUACAGUUCAUCACAAUUUACACACACACACGGCCUCAUGUAUUGUGUACAUAUGUUUUUUCACAAUUUACAACUCAACACACACACUGCCACAUGGUUUUUAUUUGUAAAUUGAUUCACAAAUCACACACACACCACCUGAGCCUCACAAUUCACUCUGCACACACACCACACGGCCACGUGAAAUUGAAAAUCAAGCUUCAAUGAGACAAUGACAAUACCCAUUUCAAUUCUUGAUUCACUCCCUGCCUCUCACUUCCUCCUCCCCCUCACUCACCCACACGGCCAUUGAAGGCUCACUUCCUCCUCCCCCUCACAGCCUCACUCACCCACGCGGCCAAAUGCCCAAAUGGGUAUUGCUCAAAAGAUCUGCUCCUUCCUUCAACAGCCUCACCCACCCACGCCUCACUCUCUGUCUCUCUCAAUCCCCAGUUCCAGUCUUCCAGACCCUCACGGCCUCACCCACCCACCAAUGCCAGCACAAAUUCACAGCACAAUCGAUUCACACUUUCACAAAUCACAGAGAUACAGAGCAAUUAAGAAAUUUUACCUACUUCUGCUUGGUGGAGGGAUCAAUUGGUGAACUGGUGGUGUCGUGGUGGUGAAGCCGUGCGUGCCGUGAAGCGUUGAAGGAAGAGGACAAGAGGUGAAGCCGUGCCCGUGGGAAUUAGAUUUCCCACCCCUGGGUUUAGAAUUGCCACCCCAUUUAAAAGUGGGGAAAAACCAAUAUUGCCCCUCCGUGUUUUAGUCCGAAUGUAUAACAUUCGGACUCCUCCGAAUUUUCAAAUGUCGGACUCAGUUAAUAAUAGAACAAAACUAUCAAUUCAGAUUCACAUUUGUAACGGGACAGAACAUCAACUCUCGGACUGGUUCAGGAGAAGCGACCCAGAGGCACCCAAAUCGACCCACACAUCACGACCAAAAGCAACCAAGAAUCAUCUGUGAUUCAAAACCGACCACACUGAGGUAAUUUGUUGGAAUCCACGACCAAGAAUCAUGUGUAUUUUGAAUCAUGUGUAUUUUGAUGAGUUAGUGUUGUGAUUUCAAAUUUAGGGUUUCAAAUUUAGGUAUUUCAGAUUAGGUUAGGUUUCGAAUCCCUUUUUAUGAGUUGAUUUGGUGAAAUUUCAUUCCUAUUGUGAUUUCUGGGGUAUAUGGGGUUCUGAGGUGCGAAUUUGGGGAUAUUCGUACUCCGAAUCUUGAAGAUUCGGACUGGUUCAGGACUUCAAGAUUCGGACUGGUCCAGGACUUCAAGAUUCGGACUUGAGAGAUUCAGUACUGUCUCUCCUAUUGCUUCUGUUAUUGUUUUUCAUGAUAAGAUGAAUGGGGUGAAGAUAAUUUCCAUGCUUUUGGCUAUCUUAGGGUAGUGGUUAAGGACAUAACCAACUUGAGAUUUCACAUUUGAAUUUCAUAACAUUAUUUGAAUUGUAUUGAAAUUUCAUAACAUUAGUUUACUGUGUAUACUUGUGGAUUGCUUCAACUAGUUAGUUACUCAUUACAUAGCUAUUAAUCUGUUUUCCUUAUUUUUUCUGAUAGAUUAUGGCGAGGACAAAGCAAACUAAGAGGGUAUCGUCUGAAGAGUUGGCCGAUCGUCGUGCCUAUCUCCACGCUUCUCAUAGGCGAGGUGAUCAUGAUACAGAUGUGUCGACUUCUCGGAAGCGGGCUAGGAAGGGGGCUCCGAAGGCGACCACUGAGGUUCCUGCCCCUGCUACUGAGGUUCCUGCUACUCAGGUUCCUGAUACUGAGGUUCCUGCCCCUGCUACUGAGGUUCCUGCUACUCAGGUUCCUGCUACUGAGGUUCCUGCUCUCUCGACGCCUGAGGUUACUGCUACUGAGGUUUCUCCUCAGUCGACGCCUGAGGUUACCGCCCACGAUACUGUUGAGCCUUCCACCUCUUCACUUGAUAUUGAUGCAGUUGAGGAGUCGGAGUCGGAGUCGGAGUCGGAGUCGGGGUCGGAGUCGGGGUCUGAGUCUGAGAUUGAGGGUGAGGAUGUAGAGGUAGAGGAUCCGAAUAUGCCGCCGCUCCAGAGAGAUCCACCGUUUCCUGGUGGGCCGGUUGAGUUGUCACUUCUGCAGCAUUACCCGGAUCACAUAGCGCCGUGGACGUGGCAUACCCUACUAGGCACCACUGACCCUCGUUAUUCUGAGCGAGGUGAUUUGAGGCUUGCCACUGCUGGUACGAAGCUCGGGCUGAUGACGUGUGAGGGGGACAAUUACAGGGAGGUCCGCUUGAUUGUGGAGAGGAGCGGACUGUAUCCACUGGUCAGGUGCAGCUAUGUAGAGACGGAUCCAGGGCUUAUAUCGGCCCUUGUGGAGAGGUGGCACGAGGAGACUAGUAGUUUCCACAUGCCAUUUGGGGAGAUGACUGUCACCCUUGACGACGUCUCCGCUCUUCUUCACAUCCCGGUUGGUGGGAGAUUCUACACUCCAGGAGUGGCCUCGAGAUAUGAUGUGGCAGAGACCUGCGCUUUGCUGUUAGGGGGGGAUGCAGAUUUGUACAUGGCUGAGUUUGAUAAGCUUAGGGGUCCGACUAUGAGGUUCAGCUUCUUGCGAGACCUUUACCCGAAAGCUGUUGCAGAGGGGCGGUACGAGCAUGCAGCCAGGAUGUACCUGAUGCAUCUUGUUGGCGCGACAUUGUUCGCCGACAAGAGUGGGGGGCACUCAUUCUCUGCCCGUUGGAUAGGCAUGCUACAGGAUCUUGAGCGGGUGUCGGAGUUCGCGUGGGGCGCCAUGGCCCUUGCCACGUUGUACGACCAGCUUGGACAGUCUUCUCGCAGCGGGGUCAAACAGUUGGCCGGUUACACUUCCCUGUUGAUGGCCUGGGUCUUUGAGCACUUUCCAGACAGGCUCGUUCGCCGGUAUGCGAACCCGGCUUACACAGAGGACCAGCCCAGAGCUCGUAGGUGGACAGAGUCACGGUCGGGGCAUGCUAGGCUUGACGAGAGGCGAGUACUACUUGAUGAGUUGACAGCAUGUCGACAGCAUGAAUAA